AUGGCUGAGAUGGACAUUGACCACAUUCUUUCCGAACUUUCCAUAAACGAGAAAGUUGCAUUGCUCUCAGGCGUUGAUGCCUGGCACACCUAUGCAAUCCCUCGCCUAGGGGUCCCAGCAAUCCGGACAACAGACGGACCAAACGGUGCUCGUGGAACACGUUAUUUCAAUGGCGUGCCCUCUGCCUGCCUCCCAUGCGGAACAGCAUUAGGCGCUACCUUUGACACAGACCUAAUAUUCGAGCUUGGCCGCCUUCUAGCCGCAGAGUGCAAGGCUAAGGGUGCACACGUUCUUCUAGGUCCAACGAUCAAUAUACAACGUGGUCCAUUGGGUGGAAGAGGCUUCGAGUCUUUUUCUGAGGACCCGGUCCUCUCGGGUCUUGCGGCGGCAAGCUACUGCGCUGGCGUGAAAGACCUCGGUGUGAUUCCUACGCUGAAACAUCUAGUUUGCAAUGACCAGGAGCAUGAGCGUGUUGCUGUCAGUGCGAUGGUGACUGAGCGUGCUUUACGUGAGAUCUAUCUUCUGCCCUUCCAGCUGGCGAUUAAGGGCGCGAGGCCAGGUGCCUUGAUGACUUCCUACAAUAAAGUGAACGGAUCUCAUGCGAGCGAGAGCCCCAGGUUGCUAACGGAUAUCGUCCGGAAUGAAUGGGGCUACGAGGGUUUGAUCGUUAGUGACUGGUUCGGCACUUAUAGCGUUGCGGGGGCAGUCAACGCCGGCCUCGAUCUCGAAAUGCCCGGCCCUUCACGAUUCCGUGGUCCAGCUUUGAUGCACGCUUUGACUUCCAACAAAGUCUCGAGUAAAACACUUGAUGACCGCGUACGCAAGGUGCUGGAGAUGGUCCAACUCGCUUCAAAGGCCGAGAUCCCGGAAUAUGCCCCAGAGCGCCAGCUGAACCGGCCAGAGGACCGCGCGCUUCUUAGGCGUGCCGCAGCCGAGUCAAUAGUAUUGCUCAAAAAUGACAACAAUGUUUUGCCUCUUGAUCCGAAGAAAAAGACCCUUGUUCUCGGCCCCAACGCAGAUGUCGCCGCCUACUGUGGUGGUGGAUCAGCGUCGUUGCUGGCAUACUACACGGUCUCGCCGAGGCAAGGUAUCGCUGAAAAGUGUGAAGUGGAAUUUACACAGGGCGUUUAUGGACACAAAGAGCUGCCACUGUUCGGAGAACAUCUUAAGACUGACAGUGGCGAGCCUGGAUAUACGUUCCGUGUCUUCACCGAGCCCCCGAGCUGCAAACAGCGCCAGCCAGUCGACGAGCUUCACAUGACCAACAGCUCUGCCUUUUUGAUGGACUACAGCCAUCCCAAGGUAUCCGGCGACACCUACUACGCUACUCUCGAGGGAAUCUUUGAACCUCCCGAGAGUGGUGUCUAUGAAUUCGGACUCACUGUGGCGGGUACGGGACUCCUCUAUAUCGACGGCGAGUUGGUCGUAGACAACAAGACGGAACAGCGUCCCGGGACGUCAUUCUUCGGAAUAGGAACUUUGGAAGAGAGAGGCUCUCGAUAUUUAGAAGCUGGCAAGCAACACCGACUGUUCAUCGAAUACAGCACUGCCCCUACUUCAAACCUGAAGCACCACGGCGUUGUCUCAUUCGGACCUGGUGGUGUGCGACUCGGCGGGUGCCGGAAGCUAGACGCGGAACUUUCGAUCCAGGAGGCAGUGAAGCUGGCAGCACAGACGGAGCAGGUAGUUGUCUGUGUGGGAUUGAGCGGCGACUGGGAAAGUGAAGGCUUUGAUCGCCCUCAUAUGGACCUGCCACCGCAGACAGAUGACCUCGUCAAGGCCGUGCUGGAGGUUCAGCCAAACGCAGUCGUUGUCGUGCAGAGCGGUACGCCUGUGACAAUACCUUGGGCCCAUCAGACUAAGGCGCUGCUUCAGGCUUGGUACGGGGGUAACGAGGCUGGAAAUGGAAUUGCCGAUGUACUCUUUGGUGAUGUGAAUCCGGUAUUCUGCGAAGCUUCCCUGACCUUCCCAGCGGACAUUUCGCACAAUCCCUCGUACUUGAGUUACCGCUCUGAGCGCGGAAGAGUCCUGUACAGCGAGGACGUGUACGUUGGAUAUCGAUACUACGACAAAGUUGGCAGCGCACCGCUCUUCCGCUUCGGCCAUGGACUCUCGUACACAACGUUCAACCUGUCCAAUCUCACAGUCCACGAGACGGCCGCGCCCAACAAGACAGCGAUUCAGGAUGAAUCUAUCGAGAUCUCCGUCUCCGUGGCCAACACUGGCCAUCGCAGCGGCGCAGAGGUUGUUCAGGUUUAUGUGCUACCGCCGGCUAGUGCAUCUGUGGGACGGCCUGUGCGGGAGCUCAAGGGAUAUCGGAAGAUCAUGCUUCAGCCUGUUGAGACAAAGGAGGUUUCUAUUUUCGUUCCGGUCGGGCUUGCGACUAGCUUCUGGGAUGAGGGCCGAGCUGCGUGGUUGAGUGAAGCGGGGAUUUAUACUAUCGAGGUUGUGGGCACUGGAGAAGGGAAUAAGUUAUCGGCAGAGUUUGAGGUCAAGACUUCGAGGUAUUGGAAUGGGCUAUAG